AUGGAUUCUAUAAUAAAAUAAGAAUAAAUAGAAGAUAAAAGUUGUUUUUCAAUAAGAUAAAUACAGUAUGACAUACUUAAUGAUUAGAUAAUUUCUGAUGUGAAAUAAAUCUGUGGUUACACUUUGAAACAACCACAAUACAUCCUUCAGUAAAUGCACAUAAACUUAUAUUUGUANAUAUAAUAAAGAAAAUAAUAGUUGUAUUGAUUUUAAAAAUGAUGUUGUAGGAUUAGGAGUAUCAAAAUUAGCAUGUAUUUAAAAUAAAAGUAUUCCAACAUAUUGGAAUGGAAAUAUUUGUUAAGAAUUAAUUGAAACUAUUGAAUGUGAUUCUUAAUUAAUUGUUAAUGAAUAUUCAUGUCGUAGUCAAGUUUAAAAUACUAAAUGUAUUUAUGAUAUUGAUAAUUAUUAAUGCACUAGUUUAUUUAAUAUUUGGUCAUUGAAAUGUAAUACUUUAGGUUUAAAUUCAUUGGGUUGUGUAUCAGUUUAACAAGAACCAUGUAUUUUUAAAGAUAAUAAAUGUUAAAUAUUUCGUGAAAUUUAAAGUGUUUGUAUGUUCUUAAGUUAAGUAAAUUCAAAAGUAUGUGCAUCUAUUAUAGAUUAAUAUUGUGCAUAUGAUCCAAUUAAUUAUAAAUGUUAAACAUAAUUAAUCACUUAAGAUUAUUGUAAUAUAGAAGGAAUAAAUAAAAAUUUUUGUAUUAGAAAAGAAAUUUGUAUGUGGAAUCAAGACAAUUUAGAUUGUAAAUGUAAAUCUAUAUAAGAAAUUGAUUCUUGUUAAUAAUCUGAUAUAUCAAAAUGUAGAGCUUAAAAUAAAUGUUAUUUUGAUUUAGAAUAAUAUAGAUGUGUGAAGAAAUAAUGUUAUCAUUUAAAGGAAGAUGAAUGUGAUUAAAUUUUAGAUAAUAAAAUAUGUUAUAGAAGUCUUAAAAAAGGUUGUUAACCAAAUAUUACGGCUCUGAAUUAAAAAAUGAAUUUAUUUUGA